UAUCGGGUAGCAUUUUUUGACAAAGCAGCACAACUCGUCAGAACACCGGCUCUUUUUUGUUUGCAGAUACACAAAGCCCAUAGGCUCUAUUUAUGCUCAGCACCAGGAAGUAGUUUGAGGAAGUAGUGAGCGGCCGUGUUUGAGUGACAGCUGAGCGGUGGUGACAGCCCACACGGGACGGCAGCCCGCAGAGCCGAGCCGAGACUCAAGAUGGCAGGUCUAUCUUUAUACUUUGAAGAUGGCCACGACGAUUUGGAUGAUUUUGGAUUCGAUGAUUAUGGUUCAGAGUGCGACGGGAUCCGCAUCACAGCCUUCCUCGAUGCGGGACAGGACAACCUCACUCCUCUGGGGAGGCUAGAAAAAUACGCCUUCAGUGAGAAUGUCUUCAACAGGCAGAUCGUGGCUCGCGGCCUGCUUGAUGUGCUUCGAGAGUUCAGUGACAAUGAGAAUGACUUUAUCAGUGUCAUGGAGACAGUUGCCAGAAUGUCAGAAGAUGGAGAGCCCACAGUACGAGCUGAACUCAUGGAGCAAGUCCCCAACAUUGCCAUGUUCUUGCAUGAAAGUCGGCCCAACUUCCCCGCUGCUUUUUCAAGAUACUUGGUUCCCAUUGUAGUCCGAUAUCUCACGGAUCCAAAUAACCAGGUGAGGAAGACCAGCCAGGCGGCACUGCUCGUUCUGUUGGAGCAGGGCCUGAUCUCUAAAGCCGAUAUGGAGACCAAAGUUUGUCCGGUUCUGCUUGAACUCACAGAACCCAGCAGUGACGACGACUACAAAAUCGAGGCAGUUGCGAUCAUGUGCAAAGUCGUUACCAUGUUGAGCAAAGACACAGUGGAGCAUCUGUUGCUGCCACGCUUCUGCGACCUGUGCAGUGAUGUCCGACUCUUCCAAGUCCGCAAGGUCUGUGCUGCUAACUUUGGAGAGUUUUGUUCUAUUGUGGGUCAGGAGGCCACAGAAAAACUACUGAUGCCCAAGUUCUUCGACCUGUGCUCAGACAGUUUGUGGGGCAUCAGGAAAGCAUGUGCUGAGUGCUUCAUGAUGGUCUCUAACUCCACCUCUCCGGAAGUGCGACGUGCAAAACUGUCCCCACUGUUUAUCAGCCUCAUCAGUGACCAGUCUCGCUGGGUGCGACAGGCUGCCUUCCAGUCUCUGGGACGUUUCAUCUCCACCUUUGCCAAUCCCUCCAGCACAGGCCUUCACUUCAGAGAGGAUGGGGCACUACUAGAGCUCCCCAGGUGUACAUUAGACAGUGACUGCUCCCUGAACUCUCUGAACUGCUCCGGCAUCAGCAGCUGCCACACAGAAAGGACCAUCACCCACACGCCCCCCAAUCAGGAUGGCCGUGCCACGCCUUCCCCGGAGCACGUGUCAUCAGCCGACGAUAUGCACAACUACGACGACAACCACGCUUCAGCUCCCAGAGAGAUGCACAGCAGCUUCGCCCGGACAAUCUCAAACUGCAACACCAGCCCUGUAACUACAAACAACUCAAGGAACACAAGAGAAAUGGAGCAGACCGAUGAGAACUUUAACUCUUUUCACUACUGGAGAUCGCCUUUACCAGACAUCAGCGGGGAACUUGAAAUGCUUGGUAGUCAAACUUCAGGGGAAGUGGUAGAGAAGGAGGAACAGAAGGAGGAAGAAGAGGAGGAGCAAUAUAAGGACAGUUGUUCUGAUUCAAAACCCAGCCCUGGCCAAGCUACCAGCGACCAGAUCCAGAAAGUCUUGGACUGUCUGCAACCUCACAUGGACGACCCUGAUGUGCAAGCUCAAGUCCAAGUGUUGUCAGCAGCUCUGAAGGCCGCUCAGCUCGACAGUCCUGCAGACGACAGCCCAGCAGACCCCACAGAGCAGACCGAACCUGAGCCAGAGCCCCAGCCCCAGCCCCCGCCCCAGCCCCAGCCCAAAGAACAGUCCGAGAGCGACGCUGACAGCCCAUCAGUGGAGAGCAAAUCAGUGGAGGUUCAGUCAGAAAGUGAAGAGAGCCCCACAGAAGAGGAGCAGAGGAUGGAAACUUCUCUUUCCUCAGAGUCGAGCCCAGUCCAGGAGCAAGGAGACGAGGAGACGCAGACAGAGCCGCUGGAGGACCAGGAAGAGUCUCCUCCUGACUCCCCUGUUCCAGAGUCUGAACUAAUUGAGAGUGUGGAGGAGGAAGGAAAAGAAGACUCUGCUCACAGCCCGGUCUCCGAGGAUAGGCCUAAGAUCCAGAAUGUCAUCCCCCAGCAGCUUUUGGAUCAGUACCUCUCCAUGACGGACCCCGCCCGCGCUCAGACGGUGGAUACGGAGAUAGCCAAACACUGUGCCUUCAGCCUGCCGGGGGUGGCUCUCACCCUGGGACGACAGAACUGGCACUGCCUCAAGGACACAUAUGAAACGCUCGCUACUGAUGUGCAGUGGAAGGUGCGACGCACGCUGGCUUUCUCCAUCCACGAGCUGGCAGUCAUACUGGGAGACCAGCUGACAGCAGCUGAUCUGGUUCCCAUCUUCAACGGUUUCCUGAAAGACCUGGACGAGGUUCGGAUUGGAGUGCUGAAACACCUCUACGACUUCCUCAAGCUGCUUCACGCAGAGAAGAGGAGAGAGUAUCUGUACCAGCUGCAGGAGUUCAUGGUGACGGACAACAGUCGCAACUGGAGAUUCAGAUACGAGCUGGCAGAGCAGCUGAUCCUGAUCAUAGAGUUGUACAGCCACUACGACGUGUAUGACUACCUCAGACAGAUAGCGCUCACUCUCUGCUCCGAUAAGGUGUCAGAGGUCAGGUGGAUCUCCUACAAACUGGUUGUGGAGAUCCUCCAGAAGCUGUAUGCGUGCGGGGCCGAUGACCUGGGCCUGAACUUUAUCAAUGAACUCACCGUCAGGUUCUGCCACUGUCCUAAGUGGGUGGGGCGGCAGGCCUUCGCCUUCAUCUGUCAGGCCGUUGUGGAGGAGGACUGUAUGCCCAUGGACCAGUUCAGCCAGCACCUCUUACCCAGCCUGCUCAGCCUCUCCUCAGACCCGGUGGCCAACGUCCGAGUACUGGUGGCCAAGGCUCUACGACAGAGCGUGAUGGAGAAAGCGUACUUCAAAGAGCCGGGCUGUGCCUACUCAGACGAGCUGGAAGAGACCGUGAUGGCCCUGCAGUCAGACAAAGACCGGGACGUCCGCUUUUUCGCCAGUCUGGACCCCAACAAAGGCCUGAUGGAGACGGCUCCUUUGAUUUAACCUCAGCUAGACCUGAACCCCGUUACAGCCCACCUGCCUGUCUACCUACCUGUCUGUCUGGCUGACUGACUCACAGUCAGCAAAACCUGCAACACCAGCACCCAACCAGAUCUCCCCCUUCCCCCCGACCACUCGCCUGCUGGGCAGACCUGCACCAACCACCACCCCUGAGAACCAUGUCAGCUGUUCAGAUUCCAGUUUAAAGUAUGAGAACGCUCAAAACAACACACCCCAGUCUCUGGUUGGGCACUACAAAGCGCACAUUCAAAACACAAAAUGCAAACUUGUCAGAGUUUUCAGAAAAUGAGCAGGACUCAGAAAUUGUCUUUACGCCUGAACUGUUACCCCAACCUUCUUCCUCCACACUAACAGCAACUGAACCCUCUCCUGAUCACAGACUUGUAAAAACUACGACAGGCUCUUUCUCUCUCUUUCUCCAAAGCUAAUUGUAAGCUUGAUUAUAAAAUUGAUUUUUUUCUUAA